AGAGGCAGAGGAGGCGCGGGGGGCGGGGAGGCUCGGGAGCGGGCGGUGACGGCACGGCGGCGGCGGCGGAGGAGGCAGCGGCUGGGCCCGGGCCCCGUGCGUCUGUCCGCGUUCCGUGGAUGCGAAUCGGCCGCGGCGGCGGCGGCGGCGGAGGCGGAGUCGGUGGGCCGGCGCCGAGCGGGUGGGAGAGCGGAGGAUGAGGCCGCUGCCGGGCGCUCCCGGCGUGGCGGCGGCCGCCGCGCUGUUGCUGCUGCUGCUGCCACCUCGGGCCCGGGCGGACGAGCAUGAACACACGUAUAUAGAAAAAGAGGAAGUUGUCUUGUGGAUGAAUACUGUGGGGCCCUACCACAAUCGACAAGAAACAUACAAGUACUUUUCACUCCCAUUCUGUGUGGGCUCAAAAAAAAGUAUCAGUCAUUACCAUGAAACUCUAGGAGAAGCACUUCAAGGAGUUGAAUUGGAAUUUAGUGGUCUGGAUAUUAAAUUUAAAGAUGAUGUAAUGCCAGCUACUUACUGUGAAAUUGACUUAGAUAAAGAUAAGAGAGAUGCAUUUGUGUAUGCCAUCAAAAAUCACUACUGGUACCAAAUGUAUAUAGAUGACCUACCAAUAUGGGGUAUUGUUGGUGAGGCAGAUGAAAAUGGAGAAGAUUAUUAUCUUUGGACCUACAAAAAACUUGAAAUAGGUUUUAAUGGAAAUCGAAUUGUUGAUGUUAAUCUAACUAGUGAAGGAAAGGUGAAACUAGUUCCAAAUACUAAAAUACAGAUGUCAUAUUCAGUAAAAUGGAAAAAGUCAGAUGUAAAAUUUGAAGAUCGGUUUGACAAAUAUCUUGAUCCAUCCUUUUUUCAACAUAGGAUACAUUGGUUUUCAAUUUUCAAUUCUUUUAUGAUGGUGAUCUUUCUGGUGGGCCUAGUUUCAAUGAUCUUAAUGAGAACUUUACGGAAAGAUUAUGCCCGGUAUAGUAAAGAAGAAGAAAUGGAUGACAUGGAUAGAGACCUGGGAGAUGAAUAUGGAUGGAAGCAGGUGCAUGGAGAUGUAUUUAGACCAUCAAGCCACCCACUGAUAUUUUCUUCUCUUGUUGGUUCUGGAUGCCAGAUAUUUGCUGUGUCUCUUAUUGUUAUUAUUGUUGCAAUGAUAGAAGAUUUAUAUACAGAGAGGGGGUCAAUGCUCAGUACAGCCAUAUUUGUCUAUGCUGCUACAUCUCCAGUGAAUGGUUAUUUCGGAGGAAGUCUGUAUGCUAGACAAGGAGGAAGGAGAUGGAUAAAGCAGAUGUUUAUUGGGGCAUUCCUUAUCCCAGCUAUGGUGUGUGGCACUGCCUUCUUCAUCAAUUUUAUAGCCAUUUAUUACCAUGCUUCAAGAGCUAUUCCUUUCGGAACAAUGGUGGCCGUUUGUUGCAUCUGUUUUUUUGUUAUUCUUCCUCUAAAUCUUGUUGGUACAAUACUUGGCCGAAAUCUGUCAGGUCAGCCCAACUUUCCUUGUCGUGUCAAUGCCGUGCCUCGUCCUAUACCGGAGAAAAAAUGGUUCAUGGAGCCUGCAGUUAUUGUUUGCUUGGGAGGAAUUUUACCUUUUGGCUCAAUCUUUAUUGAAAUGUAUUUUAUCUUCACAUCUUUUUGGGCGUAUAAGAUCUAUUACGUCUACGGCUUCAUGAUGCUGGUGCUUGUGAUCCUGUGCAUCGUGACUGUCUGCGUGACCAUUGUGUGCACAUAUUUCCUACUAAACGCAGAGGAUUAUAGGUGGCAAUGGACAAGUUUUCUCUCUGCUGCAUCAACUGCAAUCUAUGUUUACAUGUAUUCCUUUUACUACUAUUUUUUCAAAACAAAGAUGUAUGGCUUAUUUCAAACAUCAUUUUACUUUGGAUAUAUGGCGGUAUUUAGCACAGCCUUGGGGAUAAUGUGUGGAGCGAUUGGUUACAUGGGAACAAGUGCCUUUGUCCGAAAAAUCUAUACUAAUGUGAAAAUUGACUAGAGACCCAAGAAAACCUGGAACUUCGGAUCAAUUUCUUUUUCAAAGGGGUGGAACUUGCACAGCAAAAAAAGCGCAAGAAGAGAUUUGGGCUUUAACACUGGGUACUUUGUGGGUCUCUCUUUCGUGGAUGGCUUAAAGUAACAUCUAUUUCCAUUGAUCCUAUGUUCUUACUGACUGCUUUCUCCAACUGUUCACAGCAAAUGCUUGGAUUUUAUGCAGUAGGCAUUACUACAGUACAUGGCUAAUCUUCCCAAAAACUAGCUCAUUAAAGAUGAAAUAGACCGGCUCUCUUCAGUGAAGAGGACAAAUAGUUUAUUUAAAGCAUUUGUUCCAAUAAAAUAAAUAGAGGGAAACUUGGAUGCUAAAAUUACAUGAAUAGGAAUCUUCCUGGUACUUAGAGUUUCUACAUUAUUGAAAAAUGAUGUUCCAGAAAGAUUACUUUUUUUUUUCUCUUAUUUUUACUGCCAUCAUCGACCUAUUGUGGGACAUUUUUAUAUAUUGAACGUGGGUUCUUUUUUGACUUUGUUUUCCCAAUCCAACUGCAUCCUUUUUUUAACAGAGAGAAUUAAAAAAUAUUAAGUCCUGCAUGUAAUAUAUCUGCUUAGUUGGACCAACUUCCCAUUUAUUUAUCUUGAAACUAUCCUGUUACAUCUUAAUUCCAUCCAAAGAAGAUACAGUCUGAAGAUAGAGAUGUAUUCUCUACAAUGCAAUUUACUGUACAGUUAGAAAGCAAAGUGUUAAAUGGAGAAGAUACUUGUUUUUAUUAAACAUUUUGAGAUUUAGAUAAAUUACAUUUUAACUGAAUGUCUAAAGUGAUUAUCUUUUUUCCCCCCCAAGUUAGUCUUACAUCUUUUUUGGGUUUGAAUGAAGGCUUUAAAUAAGAAAUUAUUAAAAACAAGGGGGGUGGGUAAUAACUGUAUAUAACAUUAAAUAAUGUAACGUAGGUGUAGAUUCCCAAAUGCAUUUGGAUGUACAGAUUGACUAUGGAGUACCUUUUUCUGAUGAUGAUUGGUGUAGAAAUGUGUGAAUUUGGGUGGCUUUUUACAUCUUGCCUACCAUUGCAUGAAACAUUGGGGUUUCUUCAAAAUGUGUGUGUCAUACUUCUUUUGGGAGGGGGGUUGUUUUCUUCUCUUUUCUUUUUGAGACUCCUGUAGGAGCUGAAUUUGUAAUUUAGAAACACUUAAUUUUGUUAAUCCUGUCUGGGACACCUAAGUAACAUCUGAAGCAUUAUUGCUUUAGGAUGUUCAAAUAAAAUUUCCUGACCAAAUUGUUUUGUGGAAAUAGAUGUGUUUGCAAUUUGAACGGCAAUAUUACUAAAGGCCAUUUAAAGAAAUAUAUAAUGGACUAUGCUUUUCUAAUAUAGGGGACCCACACUUAAAAUCCCCAAACUUGCUUACAUCUAGAUUAGUUGUAAAGUCACAGAGUGAAUAACUAGCCCUUUGAUUGAAAUUGUGGCACAAAAUCUGUUCAGGUUGUUGUACCGUGUAUAGUGGGGCUGGGGUACAAGUAGUUAGCUUACUAUUGGAUGAGCAAGUAAAAGUUACAGUUUCCUAGGAGAAGUGAGUU